CAGUUCAACCUGGGGAGCGCAGCGGAGUGAACGCUGGGCCGAGUGUUGAGCGGUUAAAUAAGAAAAGUGCCUGAAAAUCCCAGCUAGUGUUCUGCGCCAGCUACUUCAUUGCCAGCGGACCAGAGAGUCUGCCCCGACGACUCUCUAGUGUGCCUGUGCCUGUGCCCGUCCUGUUCCUGCUCCAGUCCUGAUAAGCAGCCCUUCGACCGUGUAAGCCUAACAUAUGGCAGCCAGCAUCGAUGCCAGCCCUCGGCUUUUCAUAUGGUGUGCCGAUUAUCAUGGCAAGCAAUGUGAAACAACAACAGCAAGAUCAAUGCACAACCAGUGAAGAGCCGACGCUACAGAGAGUACGAUCAGUAGUCGAGGGUCGACCGUCUGGACCCGGAGGAUGCCAAGAUUGGCCUAAACAGCGAUCUCAGCAGCAGCAGCAGCAGCAGCAGCAGCAGCAGCAGCAGCAGUACCACCACCACCAACAACAACAGCAUCAGGGGCAGCAUCAACGGCAGCCGCGCCAACACGAGCUACUGCAUCAUCCGCGUAAGCCGCUCCCGGCACUGACCGCCCGUGGCCGCCUGCUAGUCAGUGAGGGGGCUCGACGGCGGGAAGUGCGGGGCUGUGGCCGAGCUGGUGCCGAGGGUGGAGUCGGAGUUGGCGGCGGCGGUGGCCUGUUGUGCUGCAGCCUGGACGCACUGAAGCGGCCGGCCAAGCUGCUGCAGUUCGGCUUCCUGCUACUGAUCCUACUCCUUGCCAGCCAUGGAGAUCUUGUCCAAGCGGAGGGCAAUGUUGGCUGCCAGUUUGUUAGGACGCUAUGCAUACCGCGCUCCGAGGUCUGCUAUGAUGACAAUAUCUUUGGCAAGUGCAUCCCUACCACCGGCGUCGAUGUUGAGGACAUUGAGAAGACACCCCUCACUGAGGAACAGUCUCGUCUGCUGGCCACCAUGCUGGAGGAGCUCCAGGGCGCCGGCUUAGGCUGGGACCAUCCGUACGUGCAGUGCCGCAUCCAGGGAGCGCUCUUCUCGCUGCAACGCCAACAGCAGCUGCCUCCCAAUCUGUGCGCGAACCUGGCGCCGGUCCCCCCGGAGUUUGGGGAUCCGGCCAGCGCCAUGGCCUAUGUGCGGUUCACACCACCCGAGCCGGAGGCCGAUGUCGAGUACUACGAUCAGCCGAGUCCGAGUCAGGCGCAGUUCUAUCCGAGGCUGCGAAAGAAGCAGGCUCCUAGCGCCGAUGGAGAUGAUGGCUACCUGGACAGCAUGCUGCAGCAGCAGCACCAGCGGCAGCUGCAGGACCGUCGGAGACUGCGUCACGAUCCCCUGGAGCUCGAGCACUUUGGCAGCCCGGAUGGACAUGGGCAUGGGCAGGGCGCUCAGCUGGAGACGCCGAGCAUAUUGGACGCCUUCUUGGACACCGAGCGGCAGCGCAUAGAGCGCGAGCAGCAGUUGAGGCUGCAGGCUGAGCAGGAUGCGGAUCGGAAGGCGGAGCAACAGAACCGGCUGGAACUCUACCAGAUACUGGCCGCGUCCGAGCCCGAUCCGCAGCCCUAUCAGCGCAAGCCUCAGCCCAAUGCCAUGGACCAGCUGGAGGCCAUGGUCGAGCAGCAGCAGCAGAAGGAUAAGGAGCAGCGGGAACUGAAAGAGCAGCAGCAGGCCAAGGUCCCCGUCCCCGUCUACGUGCCCGAAGAGGUGAACGAGUCCAGCGAGCUCUACUUUCCGGAUAACUUUACACCCUUCAAGCGGACCAGAGGGCGCGCACGACAAUACGGCCCCGCAGUCCGCGCACCACUAGUGGGAGAGGAGGAACAGCCGAAGAGUUCCUUUUUCCGGGAGCUCGCCGAGGAGCAGGGCCUGGUCCAGGAGCCGCUGACUGUUCGGCAUGGCGAACUGGCAGCCGAAGCUGAUCUCGCUCCCGAGUUGGCCAAGCGACUUCCGCCGGCCUUCAGUCAGCUGGAUCCGAGCGACGUGAACUCCCAGGAGCGGGGCCUGGCUUUCGAGUCGAGUCUGCUGCGCAACUCCCUGACGCCGAUCGAGGAGGAGGCUAUGCUGGCUUCGAACAGCUACCCUCCGCGCGCCAACAACCAGCGGCUGUACACGGAGGGAGGACUCCUUCUCAUGCCGCAGGCCGAUGCAGGCAUGGAUCAAGAUCCAGGCAUGCAGUCUGACGAUCCGCGGGCUCUGAAGAAAACGCUGCUGGCCAACAUGCUGGGCUUUGCGCGGCACGAACGGCUGGACGUGAAAAAGCCGGGGCCUCAACUAGGCCCUCCGGCACCUGGCCCCGUGGAUACCGUCGAAAUGACCAACCAACUGGAGACGGAGAAGGUGCACAAGGUGGAUGGGAACAAGGAGGUGCUGCCCGCACACAUCAAGGGCAGCGACGAGGACGAGGCAUACAAGAAGAAGAAGGUCGUCAUGGAGCAGCACUCAGCCGAGGAUCAUGCGCCGCACACCGUAGACACUGAAUAUGCUCAUGUGUUCGUCAAGAACCCGAUCGACAGUUGGUACGAUGGGCAGCGCAUAAUGAAUGAGCUGGCGCAGAUACUACACAUGCAGGGAUACUUUUCUUAUUUAACCGUUCAACCACACGAAGUCAGCUUCCGGGUGAACUCAGACAAUCCGGAGCGCAAGACGGCCGGCGAUGUGGCACGCAUCAUCAACGAGAACCGGGGCGUCAAGAACAACAUCCAGCGACGCGUCGGCUUCUACGUGCUGCAUGCCGGGGUGGGUGACAAGGUCAAGGAUCUGCAGGACCCGAGUGUUUCGGCCUCACGCAUUGAACUGGACGAGCAGGGUCCUGAUGUCACCCACAUCAUGGCCUACAUGUUCGCCGGAGCCGGGGCGGCUGCGGUGAUCGUGAUCUUUGUCACCCUGAUCCUGAUCAAGCGGCACGACCGAAAGCGCGACAAGCUGGGCGGCCUGCAGUCGGGCAUGGCCGGGGCGGAGACCUGCAGCAAGGACUACCAGGAGCUGUGCCGUGCCCGCAUGGCUGGCAAGAGUGGCAGUGGCGGUGGCGGCGGUAGCUCAGUGGGUGGCGCAGCCGGAGGUGGUGGUAGCUCCACGGAACCCGCCCAGGGUGGACGCAUCACAUCGCUGAGCAAGGAGAACGAGGGCAGACCACCGUCCUCGCGCUCCAGCACCUCGUCCUGGAGCGAGGAGCCCGCCCUGACGAAUAUGGACAUCUCUACUGGACACAUGGUGCUGUCUUACAUGGAGGAUCACUUGAGGAACAAGGGACGUCUGCAGCGUGAAUGGGAGGCUUUGUGUCGAUAUGAGGCUGAGCCAAGUGCUCGAGAAGCUGCCUCCCAGUCGCAGUGCGUGGGUCUGAAUCGGCCCGGAGCUCCCUUGCCGUACGAUCACUCACGAGUUGUCCUCAAUCAUUUGGCCAAUGCCGAGGGUCUAGACUAUGUGAAUGCAUCGACGAUUACCGAUCAUGAUCCUCGGGCACCCGCUUAUGUGGCUGCUCAGGGACCACUACCAUCGACCCUGGCACACUUCUGGCAAAUGAUCUGGGAACAGGGAGCCGUUGUGAUUGUGGCUCUAUGCCGACUGCAGGAGAACGGAGAGGUGGCAUGUGCGCGCUACUGGCCGGAAGAAGGUGCCGAGGUCUAUCACAUCUAUGAGGUUCACCUAGUUAGCGAGCACAUAUGGUGUGACGAUUACCUCGUACGUUCUUUCUACCUGAAGAAUUUGCGCACAAGCGAGACCCGGACCGUCACCCAGUUCCAUUUCCUUUCGUGGCCGCAAAUGGGAGUUCCUGCUCAGGCCAAGGCACUGCUGGACUUUAGACGCAAAGUGAACAAAUCCUAUCGAGGUCGUCGAUCCUGUCCCAUCGUGGUGCAUGGCAGUGCCGGAGCCGGUCGAACCGGUGCCUACAUCCUGCUGGACCUGGUGCUCGAACGAAUGAACAAGGGUGCGCGUGAGAUCGACAUUGCCGCCACCCUGGAGCACUUGAGGGAUCAGCGGGCCGGAGUGGUGGCCACGCGGCAGCAGUUUGAGUUUGUUCUGAUGGCCGUCGCCGAGGAGGUGCACGCCAUCCUCAAGGCCCUGCCGGCCAACACCUCGGGGGAGAAGCGAGAGCUGGACAAGGAUCCUGUUGUGGGCACCGGCGCCGUGAACAACAGCAACGGCAGCGGCAACGGCAGCCACACCAAGGAGCCGCUCAAGGAGGACAAAGCACAGGAGGCGGCCGAGGAGGAGGCGCCCACCAGCAGUGCGAAGGCCGCAGCAGCAGCCAAGGAGAAGGAUAAGGAGAAGGAUAAGGAGAAGGAGCAACCCAAGGCGGCCGAGCAGAAGAAGCAGGCGAAGAAGUAGGUCAGCCGGAUCAGGGAUCAGGGAUCGAGAUCGGGAUCAGGAUCAGGAUAGGAUCGGGUUGGAAGGAACCUCAGGUUAAAUGAUUGUUGCAGCGUUUCGGGGGUCUUUUUUCGUUGUAGUUAGAACUUUGAACUUUGUGUUCCCUUAAGAGCGUAUGAUUUGGAGUGAGCAUUUGGAAGGUUCGAAAAAGGCUAAACUUGGAGCGAUAGGAGUUGGCCUUUUAUUAAGCUGUUGUUUCUCAACGCACAUCUAUCGGUUAUAGGUUCUAGAUUGUAGGUUAUCUGUUAUCCGUUACAUGGUUCUUGAGUUAGCCACAUUGCACCGCGUAAGCGCAUGGAGCACGAGGGGGCGGUGCUUGCCCCCGCCGAUACGCUGCUCCGGGGCGUGCACCAGCCCGUCACGACCGAGGUGCGUCCGGGGUGGGGAGAGAGCCGUUCGCUGGCCCCAUGCGUGGUGCUAAUCACUACCUAAUUGCACCUAUUAACAUAUAUGUAUAUCUAUAUAUAGAUAUAUAAAGAAGAAGAAGAAAUUAUUUGAUAUAUGCAAGAAUAUUUACAAGCAUACAUAUACUUACGCAUAUUUGAAUGUCUAGGUGUUAAGCAUUGGAUUCAAUUACGGGGCAUUUUACUUAAUACUUUAUUAACCACUUACUCUAUUCGAUAUUUGAUAUUCGAUGUGCUUGAUCAAAAAACCCAGCUGAAAACAAUCGAGCUAAAUGGUAUACAUAUGCCGCUAACAACAAGCCCCAAAACCAUACACGCCACACUGUACACUGUACACUGUACACAACACAUCCCCCAAAAACACUGACCCACAAACACGGAACACAACAUACAGUCGAAACAUACAUACAUAUACCAGAAACAUAUAUCCAUAUCCACGUGGAUGUGGAGGAAUGGAAUGCAAAAUUCGUACCUAACAAAGAUCUAUUUACAAAACAAACAUGACGCAACAACAUAUUGAUGUGUAUGACAAUUAAUUAUACAAUGUUAUAUACUUACACUUACAAAUUUAUAUGUAUACAAUAUAUAUUAUAUAUAUUAUUAUUCAUAUACAAUACGGUGAAUGUCAUUGUCUAUCUAGCCAACUAAUGAGUGUCUAACUGAAUUGAAUUACAAAUUAUAAAUUAAAUUGAAUUGUAUUGACUAUUGUUUUACCACACCAUGUGCAAUGUAUCAAGUACGUAUAUAAAGAGAAUUAUCAGUUUACGAACGCUUCACUCUUUACCCCUCACACAGUUGAAUGUACGUAUCUAUAUAUACAACACAUAUAUAUAUAUAAUUAUCCAACAGAUAUAUGUACGAUAAUGUAACAAGUCGAGUAGGCACCGGGGAGCCCGGCGCCUCGUCUCCCGCUCCCACUCCCACUCCGUUUGGCGGACCAGUUUUCAAUUCAUGAUAUGAUCUACUCUCAUCAACUGGGGCAGCUAGAAGCUGGGCCGCAGAUGGGGUGGUGUGGGGUGGCGACUCGCCGGGUCCUUGGGUGCGGUUAGGGAGUAUGUGCCACAUAACAAGCUUUUUGAAGACAGCAAGAAACCGUUAAGCCAUUGGAUUCCGCAACAAACUGAUAAAAAAAAAAGAAAAAAACCAAAAAAAAAAAAAUACAAAAAAUUAAGAAAUUUCUACUCGUAUCAUCACAAGAAACUCCCCACUCAGGCAUGACCUUUGAACGAUUCAAACGGACAAACAGUAAACGAACUAAGAGAAUAUAUAACUGCUGCGACACACGGUAUUAUGCAGUCGAUCAGCUGCAUGACACGCUACACGAAACACCCCCAAGAAUGGCCACAACGAUACAAGAAACCGGACCGAUCAAAUCAGACACAAAUAUCCGACUACGAGGCAAACGAUCAGAAAAAAAAUCACAAAAAAGACCAAAAAAAUAUACGAGUAAAACCAGCAGGAGAUCCCGAAGAAGAUACGCUGUUUAAUGCAAAUGCUGCGAAUAAGCAACAGAAAAAAUAUUCAAAAAAAUUAUCGACUAUCGAUUAAAUAAGAAAGUACCGUAAUUAAAGAGUUUUAUGUAGAAGUUGAACUAAAAAACUAAAUGAAAAACGCGUUACAGUAGUUCCAUGUACUAAUUCAAGAUAAGAAACAGAAACAAAACAUUUCAACUAACUUUAAGCGAGAAGCAAAAGCAAAAACCAAAAAUAACAGAGUUAAAGUUAUAGUAUAUACAAGAAUUAUUAUCUCGACGCAAACGUUUUUGUUGUUUACAUAUUUCCUUUGUUUGAACUAAAACUAAAACUAAAACUAGAACACAACUGACACUACACUACAAAAUAAAAGCAAAUGAGAAAUCAAUAUUACAAUAACUGUGGCGAGUCCGAACAACAUCCAAGGGCUUGCAAAAGGCAAAAUUAUUAACGUGGUAGAAAAACAAAACAAAAUAUGACGAGAUGUUGAGAGGAGAAAUUAUUACAUUACAGAUUACUGUUUUAGAGAAAAAUAUUUAGUAGUGAGUUUUUCGAUUGAUUUACGAGUACUUGAAGCAACGUUUUUUCAGAGUUAAUUAAAAUACGAUACGACAAUUUCAAUUUAAAACGUCUUCGAUGAAUCAAAUUAAAUAAGUGUACUAAAACUUAUCGUAUUGUAGUCGAACACACGUAACGACAAAAUUAUUGAUGUAUAUUUUAACAUAACCAUAAGCAUAACCAUAAUCUAAAUAUGUAUUAUCUUAAAGAAGGAAAACAACAACCAUGCGUAGAAUAUUGAACGGAACUUACACAUAACACAAAUAACAAAUAAC